AUGCAACGAGCUCAUCAUGAGCCCGCUGCGAGUCCACUUUUACUUGGCACAUUCGCACUCGAGGCCGAGACCAUGGCAAUGAGGCAUUGGAUACAAGACCAGAGCCAUCAGUUGUUCGCUGUCCAAGAGCAGACCGGGCAUCACCUAUACCAGAACGUCCCCCAAGAAGAUGUCCUUGAUAGCAUGGACUUAAGCAUGCUGUCAAAACGAACUUGUGGACUGGCAGUCAACAUCACAACAAGCGCUUUAUGUCUGCAGCGGCUCGUUCAGCUCGGUGACUUUUUGAUCGAGGAGAGUAAACUGCUGACAGAAGAGAUCAUGACCUCUUCACAGCAGCCUGACUCGCACCAAGCUGGCCAACGUACUUGCGAAACGAUGCGCACAAGGUCUUACAUUCACGGACAAGUACGCACCUGGAGAGGCCAAGCGAAAGCCCUUCUCGACGAAGCGGAAGCGUGGCGGCACAAGACCGACAUCAUCGUGCAAACACUUCUUACUCUGACUACUCAACGCGAUCAAACCAUCGGCAUACAGAUUGCUCGAGACUCUCGCACAUUGGCUGAGAAAGCGACGAGAGACAGUACCUUAAUGAAAGCCAUCGCGGCCGUUACCAUGUGCUUCUUACCUGGCACCUUCGUGGCUAGCUUGUUCGCAAUGGACAUGUUCGACUGGAGGUCACCGUUGCGAAGCACUGUUAGUGAACACUUCUGGGUCUACUGGGCGGUUACCGUAUCUCUAACGAUGCUUGUGGUGCUCGGAUGGCUGGCCUGGUCGAAAUACUCGGAGGGUUCUGGAGUCUGGCAGAGGUGGCGAAAGGUUUAG